UAAUUUCGGUCAUCUUCAGAAUUGCAGACAUGUUCUGGGAAAAACAAGACUAGUAUUUUGCUAGAUUAAUGAAAAGUUACAUUAACCAAACAUAAUAGCUGUGUAUGCAAUCCGUUCAAAUCAAGCUAGCGAGCGAACUGAUUAGCUGGCUAAAUUAGCUACGACAUUUACGUUAGCUAACUAUCACGGUUUGUUUAUCCAGUUCAGAAGAAUGUUUUGCAUUCCAAUUCACAUAACAUUCGUCUACUCUCCACCAUUUUAGUUAAUAUUGCUAAGAGAGUGUUUUGUUUUUUUUUUGUGUGAAAAUAACUAACUAACGUUAACAGUACCGAAUGAAAGAAGAAAGCUAGCUAAAGAUAACCCUUGCAAGUUGGACCUCGUUUUACCUGCACUGCUGACUGACAAAUGAAAAAACGCUGUGCAAAUCAACCUUUGAAAAGAUCUCUCAAAGGAAAUGCCAUUGGACUCCAUAUGUUGGGAAUUAGCAAGAUGCCUAGCUCUCAAACUGAAGCAGUGCAUUUCAGCACAGUCCUCAACAGCAGUGACUACUUCUUUCUGAGCCAGGUACCAUCUCCAGGAGUGGUUGUCCAAGGCAGCAUCUUCCAACAUGCGUUUACCCCUGCUUUCGUGCUUCAGAAUAAUGCCCAAAGGAUUGACGGCACAGUAUGUCUUCAAGCAGAAGAAUCGCCCAAGAAAAAUCCUUCUCUCCUACAACCUGCAGGUGAUGACAAGGAAGAAACCUCCGUCUGUUCUGGUACGCCAACAUCAGGGACUAGUCACUCCUCACCAACGCCCUCUGGUGGCAGUUUGGAGACAGUCGCUGAUGACGAUGACUUCACAAGCAAUUACUUUACCAACUCCAAAACCAGACGACCAAGGAAGAAGCGAAUGAAAGACCCGUUUGGAAGGUUGGUCCCAGACAAACCCACCACAAAACAGCGAAGAGUCAAACAGAAUCAUCCCAUAUCACCUCCUCCUAAAAAGACAUCUGCUGACAUUUCUGAGGGGAUUGAUGUGUUCUGCAGAUGUGUGAGAGUGGGGACAAUGCGCAGGACACCUUCCAAGCAUGUCACCUUUACAGCAGAGUACAUCCAGAUCGAUGAACAAGUGCGGCUGUGGUCGUAUAGUCUGGCCAGCUGUGCGUGGUGCCAUGCCCGAAACUUGCCUGCCCUUUUCCUCAAGACCACCUCAGGGGAGUCCCAGCGCCUCCGCCUUCUCCUCAAGAUGUCCCGAGCCAACGGGGGUGCCUGGUAUGACAGUAAGGGCCAACAUCUCGGCGAGAACUACAUAAUCUUAGUGUUUGAGAAUAUGCUGUCUGACCUGGAGAAUGUUGAACUGGAGAAAAUCUUAAGAGAAAUUGGCAGAGCAAAUAAAGCUCCCGAGGAUUUCACAUUACAGUUGCCAUUUGUGGAGGCCAACAGAAUACUGAUGCAUUCCUCCCAUCCAACCCCAGAGAAGCAAGUUUCAGAGCCCUUUGCAUGCCCACCUAAAUCUCCUCCUCGCCCAGCUUCAUCAUUUCUGCACAAGGUAUCCCAGGCCAUUUCAGGUCCAUCUAAACCUCCGACCUCUGAUGUGUUUCAUCAGCAGUUUUUGGAUUCCCUUUGUGGCUCCAGUAAACAGACACCAUCUUCCAAGCCUCUUGCCCCAAGAUGGAUUUCACCUGCCCCACAACUGAUCUCUCUUGCCCCGCCACGGAUCUCUCUUGCCCCACCACAAAUCUAUUUUGCCCUACCACGGAUCUCUCCUCCCCCAGCAUGCCUGUCUCCUCCCCCAGCGUGCCUGUCUCCUCCCCCAGCGUGCCUGUCUCCUCCCCCAGCGUGCCUGUCUCCUCCCCCAGCAUGCCUGUCUCCUCCCCCAGCAUGCCUGUCUCCUCCCCCAGCAUGCCUGUCUCCUCCCCCAAUACAAGUCUUGGAUGAUGAUGAAAUAAUGGAGAUUGAAUCCACCUUCAAAGGGCCAGUCAAAAGGAUAAUACUGUACCCCCCUCAUCCAGCCAGAGGGGGGAUCUCUGUCACCAAUGAAGACCUGCACUGUCUCAACGAGGGAGAGUUCUUGAAUGAUGUCAUCAUUGACUUUUACCUAAAGUACUUGGUCUCUGCAAUGCUGAAAGAGGAGGAUGCCAACAGGAGUCACAUGUUCAGCUCCUUCUUUUACAAGCGCCUCACUCAGACAGAGCCGAGAAAAACCCCAUGCUCUGAGGACCUACCUGUGAAGAAAAGGAGACACAACCGAGUGAGAACAUGGACCAGGAAUGUUGACCUCUUCCAGAAGGACUUCAUCUUUGUCCCCAUAAAUGAAUCGGCACACUGGUUCCUGGCGGUCAUCUGCUUCCCUGGCCUAGAGGACCUCCAGCCAUCUCCAGACUCCCCAUUCCCAGCCUGGCUGGAGGAAGCAGAGAGCAGCUUGGACAAGUGCUUCCUGAUGGACUACACCUCCCCCAACCCCAUGUCCCUGUUCUUCAGCCCCCCGGGCAGCAGCACCAGGGGUCAGCCAGGCCCAGAAGCCCCAGACUGCGACCUCACCAUAGGGGUGAGGCUGUGUGUGUGCUCAAACGGUGGGGGCGGAGAGGAGCUGGAGUCGGUCAUGAAGGAGCUCAGUGUGAGCCCCACCACCACAGGUCUGAUAAAGAAGCAGCUCCUCUCAGAUGAUUGCAACGGAUAUGAAAUAGAAAAGGACAUCUUUGCCUUUUCUCCUGUUCCGGAUUCAAAUCAGGACCAGUGCAAUGAGAGUGAACAGCAGGACAGUGUCGAUGCCUCCUCCCAACCCACUACCUGUAAACAACCUUGUAUCCUUAUCAUGGAUUCCCUAGGAGGCCAUGUGAGAUCGGGGGUCGUGAAGAUCCUGCAAGAAUACUUGGAGGUGGAGUGGGAGGUGAGGAAAGGCAGUCUGAGGAGUUUCUCUAAAGAUUCGAUGAGGGGCUCAAACCCCCAGGUCCCUCAGCAGGACAACUACAGCGACUGUGGUGUUUACCUGCUUCAAUAUGUGGAGAGCUUUUUCCAGAAUCCCCCAAAAGAUUUUGAGCCGCCCAUGGACCUUAAGGAAUGGUUUCCACUGAUGCUGGUGAAGCGCAAGAGAGCAGAUAUCAGGAAACUCAUCCUCAAAAUUCAACAUCAACAAGAGGACACGCAUGACUCAUAACCUCCAUUUUAAAUGGAUAUAGUAUUCAAUACGAUGAAAUUCACCAUUUGAUUUGGUGGGGUUAUUUAGUCUCCCUUGGUCCAAUGGACCUGGCUCAGUGACUGUACAUUUAGUUCCUUUACCUUACUCUGUAUCACAUUGUUACUGUGUGUGUAUAUAUACAUACCUCACCUUUUUAAUUUUAAGGCAUAAUCUUUUUUCAUGGCUUCACUUGUGACUAAGUAUCUGUGUUUUGCAAUGUUUAUUGGUUGAUAGGAUGGUGAUAUGAUUCUUCCCUUAGUUGUCGCAUCACAGAUUAAAAUGGCAUAAAUUGCGAAUUUCUGUGAAAAUGUAGCUUUGUUCUAUAAAGGGUUCCAGUUUAUUCUUAAUGUCCUGUUAUGCUUGAAAAUGUAAUGUCAGUGUCAUGAGAUUGUUGUAAUAUGUUGUUUUGUACAUUUUUGAAUGUCUCUUAAGUUCUCAUAGCACUUGCAUUAUUUGUGAGGGGCACUUUGUUGGAUUGCCCAUCUGUUAAGCGAGCAGCCUAGCAUUGUUCAAUUUCAUUUGAAGUAGAAGAAAGUGAAAAAUAAAGUAAAUGUUUAAGUACCAA